GGCACCCAGGUGCUGAAGCCUGACACUGAUCAAACAGAGAUCAGUCUCAAAAGCACAACACUCCCCACUGCAGAAAAACAUCUCUGCUCUUUGUGUCACCCAACACAGCCCCCCAGCAGCAACAUUCAAAUAGUCAAGAGUGACACUGGCCCCGGGUAAGGGGAUACCCAGCACAUUUACAUCCCUGCACCUGCCCUGCUCCCAGCAGCAGCGGCACCAAAAUCCCCCCCAGCAGCAGCACCAGCAGCAGCAGCAGCAGCAGCAGCUCUAUAAAGUUCCUCUUGCCAUCCCUGACACUCCAGCAGCAGCAGCCACUGAGCUGCCUCAGGCACUGCUGCCACAGCCCCCUUGGCCAGCACAGCUCUGCUCCCCAGCUCCACCAUGGAAGCUUGUCACUCUCCACAUCAAUCCAAUGUCACUUCAUACGGGGCCACAGCUUUGGCCAUCAUCACCCUGGAGGCAUUUGCUGGCGUGUGGAUAAAUGCUUUCAUCGUUUGUGUGCUUGGCAUUGGCUGGGUCAAAAAGAAAACCCUGAACUCUAAUGAGAAGAUCUUGCUGUUGCUGGGAUGCUCCAGGAUAUCCUUUCUGUGCUUCUCAUGGAUAUAUAGUUUCCUCUAUAUAAUUUAUCACAACUACCUUCUGGUUCACACCAUACUUCAACUAAUUACUUCUUUUCAAAACUUUUUUAAUUAUUCAAACUUAUGGAUUUCAGCCUGUCUUUGUGUAUUUUAUUGCAUAAAAAUUGCCAAUUUCAGGAAUAGUUUCUUCAUCUAUCUGAAAGCAAAAAUUGACAAGAUGGUACCAUGGCUUUUGUUGGGGUCUGGGGUUUUAGCCUUUGCAAUGGGCAUCAUUACCUAUGACAUCACUGAUACUAUGCAGAAGAACAUCGUCAAUGAAAUUAUGCAGAAUAACAGCCUCAAUGUCACCUGCCCUGGAAAUUUUUGGGAUGCAAAUAUCAGAAUGGAUAAACAUUUUUUCUCUUAUUUUUUUCUCACUUCCUUUGGAUAUGCUGCUUCAUUCAUGGCAGUCAUGUUAUCUGCUGUUUUCCUUCUCUUUUCUCUUUGGAGACACAAAUGCAAGAUGCAGACAAACUCCAUGAAGGAUCUCAGCAUGGAAGCUCACAUCAGAGCAAUGAAAUCUAUUCUCGCCUUCUUAGUGAUUUACAGCAUGAAUUUUGUAGGUUUUACCUUAACAAUAAUUUACGUAAUGAAGAAUGAAAAGAUCAUCCCUCUUCUGCUAUCUAUUUGCUUGCAUGCUUUUCCAGGUGUUCAUUCAGUUGUUCUGAUUUUCAGCAACCCCAAGUUGGAAAAGGCACUGCUAAAGAUUCUCUCCUGUGUGAAAUAUGAGUUUUGCAUCAUGUAG